AUGGAGUCGCUGAGUGAGACGACCUGGGAUGUGAUCAUCUGCGGCACAGGCCUGCAGCAGUCGCUCCUGGCAUUAGCCCUCUCCCGAUCAGACAAGAAGAUCCUCCACAUAGACCCCAAUGAGUACUAUGGGGGACCAGAAGCGGCAUUCAGCCUCCAGGAAGCCGAUGCUUGGGCCUCAGAGAUUGCCAGAGCACCUUCGUCCUCGGUCUUCACCUCUGCCGCCGUAACAAGGCCAGAGCAAGUCCCCGACUCGGGCGUCAAACUCUCCUUCCCGCGCGCCUACGCUCUCUCCCUUGCACCCCAGAUCGUUCAUGCCAACUCCAAACUCCUCUCCCAACUGGUCUCCUCCCGAUGCUACCGUCAACUGGAGUUUCUGGCAGUCGGGUCCUUCUUCAUAUUCAAGCCAUCCUCCGAGCCGGACGGAACGCCGACGCUAGCACGGAUACCGUCCACGCGCGAGGAUGUGUUCUCUUCCACAGACCUCUCCGCUCGGGUGAAGCGACAGCUCAUGAAGUUUCUGAAGCUCGUCUUGUCAUACGAAGAGGAGGCGUCGCUCCCACAAUGGCAGGACUAUGCCGAUAGGCCACUGGCUGAACUCUUGUCGGAGAAGAUGGGCUUGGAUGAGGGCUUGCGAACAUAUAUCACAACCCUGACGCUGUCGCUCGAUGGGCGCAUCAGUACCAAGGACGGGUUGGCGACGAUACACCGGCACCUGACGUCAAUGGGUCUGUUUGGGCCUGGCUUUGCUGCCGUCUACCCCAAGUGGGGUGGAGGGUCUGAGAUCGCGCAGGUGGGGUGCCGGGCUGGUGCAGUGGGUGGCAGUGUGUACAUGCUUGGCACAGGCAUCAAGGAGCUCACGGCCGUUGGCGCAGAAGAAGUUGAGCUAGAGCUCUCGGAGGGCACGGUCGUCAAGACAAAGAUGCUCUUUCGGGGGCCUCAAGAUGUUCCUGCUGGCGAUAGUACCAAGGUCAGCAAGCUGGUUGCCAUCAUCGGCUCGCCCCUUACUUCACUAUUCGAGGCAACAAUGGAAGGAGCUCCGACACCUGCAGUAGCAGUCAUUGCUCUGGCGCCCGGAUCGGUGAAGACCAGUGAUGGGGUCGAGUCGACGUAUCCGAUUUACGCCAUUGCGCAUUCGAGUGACACGGGCGAAUGCCCAGCUGGACAAAGCAUCCUCUAUCUCAGUACAAUGCACACUCCAGAGUCCAAAUCUCUACUGGACGUCAGUGUAGACUCACUGCUCGCUGCCCUCAGCCCUGAGGGCUCUUCUCAGCCGCAAGUGCUAUAUGAGCUAUACUACGAGCAACAAUCAAGCACUAGCAACUCUCUAUCAGGAGAGCAGAGCAUCGUCGAUUUCCCGCCGUCGCCCGUCUCUCUCACACUAGAAGACUCCAGGUUGGAGCCCGUCCACCAGGCUUGGAUAAAAGCCAUGGGAGGCGAAGUGUCAGAGGAGGCUCUGGCGGAGUAUUUGAAAUUUGCAGAUAGAGAGGGAGCUGGCGACGACGACGACUACGAAUGA